CUCCAACCCAUGUCUAUCAAUCGUCAAGUCUGAAAGGUUUCCUCAAGUUUCUGGCAAACGGCCCAAAUCUAAAUCCCAUUACCUUCCCCCUUGCUUACUCUCUUAUCUUGGCUUUAAUUGCUUCCAUUUUCUUCCCCUGUCUUCCCUUCUCCGAUUUCCAUCUCCAUCCCUCCUCCCUCCAGGCUUCUCAACCUAAACUAACCAACUAGUUCAUCCGGCCUUGUGACACUCUCCACCACCGCUUGCUUAUCGCCCAGGAUGCCGCAAUCCGAUCGUCCACCAUGUCUCCUCUAUUGAUACCCAAGUUUCUUUCUCGACGUCCCGCUUCUCGGAAGCGUGGAUAUUCGGCCAGACCUUUUUGGGCGUGUUUACUUGCUUUCUCCCUCCUUGCUAUUCUCAGCUGGGUUUCUGGUCGCCUGGCUGAGCCAACCGAGCGGGUCUCGGUUCACAAUGUCGCUCAGCUUCGGAGGCGGGACAACGCGCUGGAGUGUCGUUUCGUCCGUCAAGCCAAAGAUCAAUGUGCCUUCGUCCUAUCGAACUGCGCCGAUCACGAAGAGGGUCUCUUCUCCUACCUUCAAUUCUACUACUGCACUGCGGCAAAGGCCAAGCCGAUCGCUUUUAUCAUCAUCGUCCUGUGGCUAUCGCUUCUCUUUAGCACCAUUGGCAUUGCUGCCAGCGAUUUUCUCUGUGUAGAUCUAAGUACCCUAGCCAGUGUCCUCGGUUUGAGUGAAAGUCUCACGGGUGUCACUUUUCUUGCAUUCGGAAAUGGCAGUCCGGACGUGUUCUCCACCUUCGCCGCCAUGCGUUCGAAUAGUGGGAGUCUGGCCAUUGGAGAGCUGCUCGGUGCAGCAAGCUUCAUCACAUCCGUCGUUGCUGGCUCAAUGGCGCUUGUCCGCCCCUUCAGGGUCGCCCGGAGGAGUUUCGUUCGUGACGUCGGAUUUUUUAUCCUAGCAGUGGCCUUUAGUAUGUUUCUUUUGGGCGACGGCCGCCUCCAUGUCUGGGAAUCGGCCAUGAUGGUGGCGCUCUAUUGUUUCUAUGUUGUAUUGGUGGUGACGUGGCACUGGUAUUUGACUCGACAGCGUCGCUCCUACGAGAGGAAUCUAGCUGCUCGGUCACACUUUCACAUCCCGGACAACCAAGAACUUGACAUCGAAGAAGAGGAGGAAGAUGACCCUGGCGUCGCGUCGGAGGCUACAAGUCUCCUUCACGGCGAAGAUUUCGACGCUCUUGAGAGAUCCGGUGUUCCAGCCUGGCAAGAAGGGGAGGAGGAUGAUGAAACCCGUAAUCGGUACCUUGCUGAGAUCCGCGACAACAUGCACGUUUAUCGGCCCACUACAAGGAGGCGCAAUACCUUAAAUCCCAUCAGACCAAGUUUAGUGGGUGCUUUGGAGUUUCAGUCCGUCCUCUCUUCACUUCAACGAUCGCGGAAUAUUCAUCGCAACGAGUCGUUUGAUCUCGAGCGAUGCUCAGAUGGUGAACGAUCGCGCUCGCAUUCGCGCCUGUCAGACAAUGCCUCUGUUAUGUCACAUCCGCGUGCCAGUCGUCCCUCGCUGGGCGACCGCUUAUCUCCCGAUGGAGGCACUGGUUCAGCCCGCACUCGAGCGGUGUCUGCCAACGCUGCCGCAGAUCUGAAACUAGACACAAGCAUGUUCACUGUCAAUACUCAGCAGCCGCUGCUCACUGUUCGUCGGCCUUCGGUGGAUACUCAAUCGCCCUCAGAAACGACAGGCGCCUUAGCAUCCGAUCAGAGCCCAGGAUCACAACUCACCCCUCAAUUGGCCGUCUCGCAAGCCCCCAGUACCGAGUCGAACACGCAUCUUCAGAGCCCGAACCUCCUUGCGCCCCCUGGUGCUUUUCAUUCACCAACUUAUCAAGUGUCGAGUUCUCGUCCUCGAUCCCCGCUUCCGUUGUCCCCGCGCGGAACGACCCUCUCCCCGGGCCCAGCAAAUGCUUUCCCGGAAAGCCCUACCAGCCCAUUCCCACCUUUUCAAGAUGUAGCCAGUUUCCCAUCCUCUGGGGCACCCAGCCUGCGCCUUCCAGCCGCAUCAAGUCCGACGGAGCGGUUGCAGAUUCACGAUAGCGCCUUCGAUGCUGGGAGUAACCGGACGGCAACCCCGACAUGGUGGCCGCACCUGCAACUCACUUCCCAGCCCAUCCUUCCCACCUUAUUCCCGACCUUGGCAGGCUGGAAAUCCAAAUCUUUCUGGGAACGACUCUUGGGAAUUGUUGCUGCCCCCAGUGUAUUGCUCCUGACAAUUACCCUCCCGGUGGUUGAACCUGUACAACCUGAUACGGGUGCAAACGCUGUUCCCGUCAUAGUAACUUCGGCUGACGGCGACGGUGCACCAUCACCUGCUGUGCGACUGCCGGAAGAUAGUCCACUUCUUCGUGCGCUUGACCAAGAGUCCAUUUCACGACGAAACACGGUUGAUCCGAAUGGCAAGCCAGAACCUAUCCCGAGACAUUCUCGUUUCGAUUCCGAAUUGCCGGCCAUCCAGUCAAACAUGGAUUCCCCACCGCCACCUGCGAAAGAGUGGUGCCUUUGGCUAGUCUGGAUUCAACUCUUCGUGGGACCCUUCUUCGUGGCCUUGAUGUAUUGGACGACAGUUGAUUCCGAUCUAGAUGUUGAGAAUCUUCUCCUGCCGUCCAUGGUCUCCCUUCUCUUCUCCUUGAUAUGCACAACAUGCCUGAUGAUCAGCACACGGCACGACCUCACUUCUCAGCCUCCAGGUGCCUGGCGGCCCGUUCUAGCAUUUUUAGGCUUCAUCGUCGCAAUCUGCUGGAUCGCAACCAUCGCCACCGAGGUUGUCAGCCUUCUCAAGACCCUAGGCGUAAUCUUGAACAUCAGUGACUCUCUCCUCGGCCUGACUGUGUUUGCAGUGGGUAAUUCCUUGGGCGACCUGGUAGCAGACAUCACGGUAGCCCGCCUAGGAUAUCCCGUAAUGGCGCUGAGCGCCUGUUUCGGAGGCCCCAUGCUGAAUAUCCUUCUGGGUAUUGGCCUAGGCGGGCUUUACAUGACCGUGAACGCCAAGCCAGAAGCCAUCGCCGCGACGGGCGGAUCGUACGAGAUUGAAGUCUCCAAGGUCCUCGUCAUUAGCGGUGCUACUCUACUCAUCACCUUGAUUGGUCUGCUGAUCGUCGUCCCCUUGAAUAAAUGGAGGAUGGACCAGAAAAUUGGCUGGGGCCUGGUUGUUCUCUGGGUCAUUAGUACGCUUGGCAAUGUUCUCGCCGAGCUUCUAUUCUGAGGGUCAGGCCUAAGCGUAAGUCAGAAAGAGCCCUUUAUCAACUACUUUCUUUGUAAGCGUUGUUCAGGGUCUAUCAUGACUGGCUCUUGCUUCAGUGUUGCGAGCGCUUCUUUUCUCUCUGUUGUUUUGAUUUUUGCCUAUCCAUAUCUAUGGAUAUACUUGUGAGUUCUCAUUACACAUACUGUACAUAUUUUAUGUAUAUAUUGGCAUGUUCUGGUUUUACGAAUACAGUGAUCAUCUGACACAAGACGCAAC